GCAUAAUCGGCAAGAUGGUGGAAGAUGGAAAUUUAUCUUAUUUAAAAGACAACUCACUCGAAGUAAUAGGCCGUUUAGUUCUUUACGGUAUCAUUGUGUUUACCCACAUUGCCUUAGGGCAAUACCUAGAAGAAUUAUACAGUUCUUAUUUACGAAAAAAACUAACCCAAGAAUAUUUGCGGGCCAACUUUUCCCAAACUCAAAAAACUAAGUUCAUUUUGAGUAAUUAUGAAAGUGAUGCAGUUGUCGUCGGAAAUCAAGCGGCUCGAAUUUUUAAUCGUUGUUUUUAUGCGGCUGCUUCAAUAAUUUUUCUGUUUUGGAAACUUGGGAAGAAUGAAAAACAAAAAGGACUUAUCCCAUUGGUUUUCCUUGCUCUUCUUUUUCUUGCUGUAAUAGCAACUUUGCUUUACCAAUUAACUUAUCACUACCGCAAAAGAAGAAAUCGGGUUGUUUACCAAGAAAAUAAACAAUUUGAAGAGAUAAAAAAUAAUCUUGAAUACAUUAAAAUUACCGGUGCCGAAGCAAUUGAAAUCCGGAAAAACAAAAAGUCAAUGAAAGAUACUGCUAAAAAUCUUUUUCCGUUGGCUCUCUCCAAAUCUCUUUAUGGCACCAUUCCUAAUUAUAUUCUCCUAGAUUAUAUGCCAGUUGUUCUUUUACUUUGCCUUGGGAAAGGAAUUUGGGCGGCUUUAUACAUUCCAUUAAAAGAAUUAUUUAGUCAGUGA